GCCCAUCUGCUCUGCCAGCGAUAAGUGAUCGCUGCAAAACAAAGACGGGAACAAACUGCGGCUGGAAAAUAUAAUCGAUCAUCGGCUUUUUAAUGGGGGGACAGACUUUCAACAAGCUAUAGUGCAAAUCUGUGAGAGGAGAACAGCUCUGCUUCUUCUUCUUCUAGUUUGUAAAGUGAGAACAGGACUUCAAUUCGCCAAACAGUGGCAGGGGGGCACGUGUCUGUCGAGGAGAGGCGCUGUCCGUGGUGCUGAAAGUCCUUCAGGUCUCCAAAGAGCCGGUGUGAGGACAACCUGAGGACUGUCCAGCUGCAGCUCCUCCAAGAAACAAGACAAGACAUGGUCCCUCUGUGCAGAGUCCAGCUGCAGACUUUCAUACUUCUCUGUUUUGUUGUCCAUCUGAGCAGGUCGGUGUGUGUCGAGGUGUCGUCGGAUACAGAAGCAGUUCUGGGGAAGUCCAUAAAGUUGACAUGCAUCUCCUGCAUGCAAAGAGAGGAGGUCAAAGCCAAGACAGUUGUGAACUGGUAUCACAUGCCCAAAGGGAACAAGUCUGAAAAAACUCUUAUAUACCACUAUAACAAUACAAACUCAAUGGAUAUGGAUGGAUCCUUUAAGGGCCGUCUAGCCUGGAACGGCAGUCAAGACCUGCAAGACGUCUCAAUCAGGAUUCUAAACGUCUCAGACACUGACAGCGGCAUCUAUGAGUGCCACAUUUGUCGGGAGUUUGACUAUGGCUUCUUCAUGCCUUCAUUUUCAGUCACGAAGAACAUCACACUGGAAGUGAAAGAGAAAGCUUCUGAUGACCCCACAGCGAUCUACUCUGAGAUCAUGAUGUAUGUGCUGCUGGUGUUCUUGACCUUCUGGCUGCUGGUAGAAAUGGUCUACUGCUACAGAAAGAUCUCGAAGUCUGAUGAACAGACACUGGACACGGCGACAAACUACCUAGCUGUUCCCUCUGACCAGAAAGACAACCCAGCUGCUCUGGUUACGGAAUAAAAGCUCUUUACACUGACACGGUAUUUUCCAUGUGACGCUCUCCGCCUGACUCCCAUCAGGGAAA